UCAAACUGUGAUGGGAUACAAGAUGAAGGCAAAGACACAGCUGGGGGAGGGAGGGCUCUAGGAAAAAAAGAGCUGUCAUUUCACGCAGCACGCUGAGAGAGACCAGUGGAGAGCGUUCCUCACGAGCACCGGCCAAGCUGCGCCUCACUCCUGCUCUCUUUCAAACUCAGAGAGAGGGAGGGAGAGAGCGAGCUGGAGAGAGCGAGGGAGGUACACCACUCCGGUGCUGACAGUGUGAAUGGAACGAGUAGGAGAGAGGGAGGGUACAGCAGAAAACAAGCCAGCGUGGAGGGAGAACGGUAGGUUGUAGACGGCUGGGGGGGUGGAGAGAUGGAGCGAGAGACGGGGAGCGCGAUGGAGAGGUAGAGAAGCACAGGACUAGCCUCAGGGAAGGAGAGAGAGGUUAGGAGGAAAGAGAGAGGGAAGAUAAAGGAUGGAGGAGAGUAGAGAGACGACAAACACUGAUCGUUGGCUGUCGAGGCUCGCGAGUUCUCUCGGACCGGAUUCCAAGACAACACAGGAGCAGGAGCCGGGUGUGUGUGAGCGCGAAGGACUGUGCUUGUGAUUCUGCAUCGGAUCACGGUUCCUUAACCCCUCUCAGUACACGGGGAGGGUGUUGAGAGAGCAUAGGAUUUUCAUUGUGUUGGCUUGCUUGGCAUGGACUGUUUUUGUUAAUCGUGUCGGCUUGGUAGAUUUCAACAAACCAGCGCAGAGGAUGAGGGAAUACGACAGCUGGGUGUGAAUGUGAGAUAGUUCUGUUUGGGUUGAGGUAGGCAGUGAGGUCAGGUGUGUGUUGUGUGAAAGCAGCCAGGCAGCUGGAGAGGUAGAUAGGAAGGGCAGGUAGACCUGGAGGGCAGAAUCUGGACUUUCUAGCCACGGUAGCAGGGAGAACCCACGUGAGAACUUGAUGCACACAGGGACACCCAUUCUGUCACCGGUUUCAUCCGUGUUCCUGUGAGCCUGUGUGUGUGUUUCUCUCUGCACUGAGAAGCAACGGUCCCGUCACCUCCGGUCAGCACAGUGGCGGGGAGGUGGGGGGGUCCGGGGACAUCCGUCUGGAAGCCAUGGGGGCCCGGUGAACUGAAGUAGGGGACGUCCUCGGCCCCCGUUCCAUCCGCCGGCGUUGACCCUCACGUUCCCCCCCACCCCCCCCACCCCCACCAGCAGUCAUAAGGACGUGGUCUUAAGGCACCUCGAAGCCCCGAGAGAGGGUCUACUGAAGGUUUCCUGUACCCAGAGCAGUAACCACGGCCAUCAUGGGAGAAUGGACCAUCCUGGAGCGCCUCCUGGAGGCUGCCGUCCAGCAGCACUCCACCAUGAUCGGAAGGAUUCUUCUGACCGUGGUGGUGAUCUUUCGGAUCCUGAUUGUGGCCAUAGUGGGCGAGACGGUGUACGAGGACGAGCAGACCAUGUUCAUAUGCAACACCCUGCAGCCGGGAUGCAACCAGGCCUGCUAUGACAAGGCCUUCCCCAUCUCGCACAUCCGCUACUGGGUCUUCCAGAUCAUCCUGGUGUGCACACCCAGCCUGUGCUUCAUCACCUACUCCGUGCACCAGUCGGCCAAGCAGCGCGACCGCCGCUACUCCUUCCUCUACCCGCUGCUGGAGCGCUCCGAGUACAGCCAUGGCAGCGCCCGAAAGCUCCGCAACAUCAACGGCAUCAUGGUGCACCACGGCGACGGAGGUGGGAAAGAUGAACACGACUGCAUGGAGGUCAAGGAGAUCCCCAACGCGCCCCGUGGACUGACACACGGCAAGAAGUCCAAGCAGCGCCAGCAGGAGGGUAUCUCGCGCUUCUACAUCAUCCAGGUGGUGUUCCGCAACGCGCUGGAGAUCGGAUUCCUGGCGGGCCAGUACUUCCUGUAUGGCUUCAGUGUGCCGGGAAUCUUUGAGUGCGACCGCUACCCGUGCCUGAAGGAGGUGGAGUGCUACGUGUCGCGGCCCACCGAGAAGACGGUCUUCCUGGUGUUCAUGUUCGCCGUGAGCGGCGUCUGUGUGCUGCUCAACCUGGCGGAGCUCAACCACCUGGGCUGGAGGAAGAUCAAGGCCGCCAUCCGAGGCGUGCAGGCUCGCCGGAAGUCCAUCUGCGAGAUCCGCAAGAAGGACAUGGCCCACCUGUCGCAGCCCCCCAACAUGGGCCGGACCCAGUCCAGCGAGUCCGCCUACGUCUGAUGGAGACAGGCUAGAAUCUGUGGCAGUGCGACGAGGCGGGGGGGGGGGGGACUAUUUUGCUCUCUUUUCAGAGUUUGAUUAGGAAGGAGGUGGAAAAAAGGGCAUGGUGAAAGAUGCCGUAGAAUAUUUGGUGCACAUUUUUUUUUUUUUUCUUACUUGGCUUUUUUUCAUACCUUGACAUGGGAAUUGUUUUUCAGUUGGGUCAUGUGGGAGAGGCUGUCGCCUGUAUAGUUUCCGGGCCAGAGCCGGUGGGGCCGAGGAGGGGACUGAUCGUCUGUCACGGUGCUGUUCUGGCUCAUAUCUACCGUGAGGAGGGAUCCUUAACUGUAAAAGGAGCGGAAGGGCUGUCGUGACAAUGAUCUACUCUCCGAAGGCAAAGUUCAGGGAAUCUGCCCUCUGACCCCUCUCUUCUCUGCAGAGAGAAUGGUGUAGCUCUUAAAUUGCUCUCCGGAGUAGUGAACCAAUCCCGUCAUUGGGAUCCCAGAGAAGUGUUGCCCUCCCAGAACAAUUUUAAAGAGCUGGUGCCGGGGAAAAAAUUACGUUUAUGUUUCGUCUCCUGGCAAACGAAUAUUAAAACAAACACAGUGAAGGAAUAUUAUAAACACAUCUUCUCUCCUGUUCUCUACCGCUGGCACCUUCACCUUUAAAUCUGGGUUGGGAUGACAGCUGAGUCUUUUUCUCCUGUCCUCCUUGGUGUAACAUUUAGAGAGGAACCAACGGAGGCUUUAAAUAACAAUACCUGCACUCAAAAACUGCUCACCUGCCACCAACUCCUAACAACCCGAUUCAUGGUUUUUUUCCCCCAGAACUUUAUAGUGGUGACUUCUAUGAGACUGGCAAAAAGAAACGGGAUAGCGAGAGAGUGUGAGAGAGUGGAGAAAGAGAGGGGGUGGACACAAGAGAGGACAUGACUUGAGACAAAGAGAAAUGAAGAGGUAUAUUCUCCUUGAACGGUGGCUAGUGAGAAACCCAAUCAUCAUAUCACUAAUCACUGUGACGAGUCACUAUAAUAUCACUGUUACUGAGUUGAUAUCAUAUUUCUUCUGACAGUUAGUGCCAUCCUUAUGAUUAACUUCCUGUUUGAAAGUUAUUUUAUAUUAUUUAAUAUAAUUUAGUUGAGGAAGUAUUUAAAAAAUAAACGUAUUUGUCUUCAUGUGGGAGGGGAGUCAGCAAAACAUGCUGUUGAUUAGGAUCUACUUCAAAUGUUUUAAAUGUCUGUAUUUUCAAAUGUUUCAUUUCAAAGCACUUGUGUCAAUGGAUCUGACAGUGUCUGAGAGGAGGAUCUCAUCAGGUCAUAGAAAAAGACUUAGAAAGUAGUGUUUCUGUAAAGAACAAGGUGUUAUUUUGAAUUGUGCUCUUGACAGAGGCUGUGUCCAUUUACUAGUUUGUUCUGCAUUCGUACGUGGUGAUCAGUGUGCAUGCCUUUAACAGAAAAGAAAAAACUGAAAGAUUAUAUCGGACCUUGAUCGUUGAAGACCGGCAAAACUCCGGUCGGGAGAAUUGCUCUGUGGAAUCAGAAAAUAAAAAAAGAGCAACACACCCUCGCCCAAUGCUCACUGAACACAGUGUUUGGCUUUCCUGCAACAGCGGCCGACUCGGAAAGGGACCUGGCAUUUGAAUCCCAAUGCCCUUUGAACCCCGAGGUGAGACCCGACCCGGGAGGCGCCGGUUGGGAGGGGCCUUGUGGACAGCAGAAUGGCCUCACAGCAAGACCAAACGUGACCAGCCGGAUGAGGAGCGUCAACAGGCAGUACAACCGUGCCUCCUGUGCUCCCAAUGUGCCAUGUACGUUGUGUGUGCGUAAUUAUGCCAUGACCUUCAGAGGGAGGCACGCCCACACCGGCUACGGUUGAUGUCCUGUCCGGAGAGCGGAUCAGCGUGGUUCCGCCCGAGUGGAACCGAUUGGGCUGGCGCCUUCCCCCGCUCAUCCGUAACACCCAAUUCCGUUGGAGCCUUGACGUGGGCGGAGGAAACGCACGGCCUGGAGCGUGUGGUGUGUGGACUCUACAGCACCCCGCACACAAAAACACUCUGGAGCUUGGUAGAGAAGGGGGGAGGGCUAGAGAGGGAGACGGUUGCUGGAAGAUGUUUGCAACAGCAGCAUGUUAUUCUUUUGACUCAUCUGUCAGGCAGGUAUCAGAGUUUGAUAUACUCAGCUUGGCAGAUACAAAUUCUGUUUGAAUGUUCAGAGAGCGCUGCAUUCUUCCCCCGUGGCUUCUGCUAAGUGAUAAAUUUGGCUUUGGCUUUUUUUAUUUUUUUAACUUCAGACAGCAUGGGUUUCUUUUUGUGUGUGUAAUGCUCUGUUAACCAAAUUAUAGAGUUCACGAUGAAGAUGUUUGGGUUUACGAUGACAUCGGCUGGGAUAGGGCCAAACCAACUCCAGCCGAAAGUGGAGCGCAGAGAAGAACUGGCCUAUCCUGUGUUUCACACUACUCUAAAUUUAGAUGACAAAAGCCAAAACUAAGAAAACAGACAUGGGAGAGGAAAUAUAACUGUCGGCACCCAUGGAACCUGGAAAUAUGUGGUUAUAUGUAGUUGCAGAUUGGCUUGAAAAUAACAGUAAAUGUACCAUGUCCUGAACAGAAUGAUUGAAGGCCACACUGUUCAGACAAAUAGCAGCAAAACUAAUAUUUGGGGGACUCAAGAAAAAAAGGACCAGUGCUUUAGAAAUGCCAACUGUGUAUUUACAGUCCCUUUCAACCCGUGACUGAUGUGGAGGUCUAGUCUUAUUGAGCUGUGAAGUGGCCCGAGUCUGUCCAUUCACCCACUCACGUCUGUGAUAAACUGUGCGAAAGGUGCAGUUAAUUUCCAGAUGGAAUUAGUCUCCCUCUUCUUAGCUUGUAGAAUGUCCGUUUUGAUUGGUCGUGGAGGAGUACUGAGAAGUUGACUGUUGACAGGGCAUGAAUAGUUAAGGCAUGCCUUUCCCUCAGUUACCUUAAGCACAUCCCUCUCUUCAGGAAGGACUUACAUUGUGACCUUGGGAAGGAUGGUCUGAGGUGUUGUGUAGUUCUGAAUGUAUAGGACUUUCCAUUCUCUGUCCUGGCUCUUCACGGCUACUCUCCCGGCUGGCCUCAUUUAGGGGUACACGACAAUUCACAGGGUUUUUGCAGACACACUGUACUCUCCAGACUAUUUUUCUGGAAAAUGAUUAUUAUGCAAUUUCGUUUCCUUUUUUUCUGGCUUGCGGAUUAAUUUAGUCUUCUGUUGCUUUUUUUGUACAGUGAUGUGAUUGUUUUUAAUGUGAAGAACAAAACUUUUUUAAAUGUGCAAACUGGGGGAGUGUAUUGAAAUACGUGUUAUAUUUCUGCCCUUGCCAAAGUUAUAUGCAAAUUACAUGGGGACAAAUGUAUUAUUUUUAAACGCAUGUACAAUGGCUAGAAUAAGUAUGUUUCUACCGUUUCUUCUAUCUAAACUUAAUCUUAAAAAAGAAAUGCUUUUAAGUAGUCUUAGCUAUGGAGAUAAACAUGUAAUGGAAAAGUAAUGCCAAGAACCCUUUUUAACUAUUUUAUGAAAUCAGUAAAUAACAAAUCAGUUGUUUCUAAACCGAAUAGCUUAGAAUUAAGCCCUGCAGUUUUUUGUUUUCUUUCAGCCACACCUUUGAGAUACUUUGAAUUAUCCACUAUGUAAAGUGAUUGGGAAAAGAAAAACUCUCAAGAUGUGGAUACGAUGAGUUAUAUGUGAAGUGUAAGGCAAAUGUUUCAGGCAUUUUCAAGCCAUGGAGAAGACAGAAUAAACUUCACUCCAAUGUGAAACCAGUGAAGCCCAUAGCACGCCCCUAGACACAACAGCACGAGGUAGACACUGAGUCUUUCACUCAGUCAAAACUGUUUCAGGAAUUUUUCACUUAUAAAUUACUACACAUCUUUUAAAGGAAGAUUUUUAUUAACAUUUUUACAAUUAAUACAACCAAACUUUUGUAAACAGUGACAGCCUCUAGGUUCCUCCUUACACAGGAAACAUGCAUCGACAACGUCUAGCUAAAGAGGGGCACUUCAAGUAUCGUGAGACAUAAUUUACACAAGGAAGUUCCUGUGUUCAGAAACGUUCUCAAAACUAGUUAGAUGGUAAGAAAAUCCCUUUAACCGACAGAGUUGUUGCAAAACAGGCCCAUCAACUCUGACUCUGUGGCCGCCAUUUUAUAUUCAAGCCUCAAACAUGUUGACUAAAAUGUUGGUGCUAUCUACCCCCAUUGUGGACUAUCACCAGGAGAUCCAUUUACCAUGCAGAUUCAGAGAAACCUUUCCUGGUAGAGAAGCGAGGACCUGAGCUCACACACUUCCAAUUGGCAGGAAUGGAUACCAUCUGUGGUGGCAGAGAGCAAAUAUUGAACAUGCCACUUUAUAUGCCUGCUUUACCACCCCACCAAACCACCAACAGUACCACCUGUCUGAAGCCAGGAUUCAUUCCAACCUAGCAAUGUUUACACUUGACCUCUAUAUUAACAAUAUUCACCCCGUCCUUACACAUUUCUAACUCCGAAAAGUUUACCUUUGAGUGAGAGUCCUGCUAACAUUUGUAGGUUUUUAUACAGUACCCAAGACCAAUCUUACAGUAGGCUUUAACACAGUACCCAAGACCAGUUUAGUAGUAUUUGUAGGUUUUUAAUCAAUAC